CAAAGGCACGCGGUGACUUUUGUAAGCUUCAUUUGACAGCUGUUUUGUCAAAAUUUAAUUUUCAGUGUUGCACUUUUGCAGAAAACACGAAAAAAGCCACAUCUGGGGUGGAAAUAAAUGUAUUUGCUGUGUGAAAUAAUGAAUUGUGAUUGAAUCUUGGUGCGGGGGAUGCUGUGAAAAGUUCGUGCGGGAAAAGGUGGAAAGUUGGCAGACAACAAAGACUUUUCAUUAAAGAAUCUCUCCGCCAUUGCUUACAAGAAAAACAAUUAUACUCUUUGUGUGGCUCUCUGGGGCACUUCCUGGGUACCUUUCCUGGAUACAGUGUCUGUGUGUGCGUGUGUUUUGACCACUUGUGGCAAUCCCGGAAGGGUUUUACGGCGUGAAAAAGGGGAUAAUUGAGCGUAGGGGGGCGUCGUCACAGCGAGUUUCCGGACGCUUUUUGUUGGAUUUUGGUUUUUGCAAUGGGCACGAUGUCCGCCCCAACGAGUUCAGCUGUUAGGGCACUGGCGUUGGAGUACAAGAGCCUCCAGGAGGAGCCCGUGGAGGGUUUCCGCGUAAAGCUGCUCAAUGAGGAUAAUCUCUUUGAAUGGGAAGUGGCAAUCUUUGGGCCCCCGGAUACACUCUACCAGGGGGGCUACUUCAAAGCUCACAUGAAAUUUCCACCCGAUUACCCGUACUCACCACCGUCUAUUAGAUUUUUAACUAAAGUCUGGCAUCCAAAUGUUUAUGAGAAUGGAGAUUUGUGUAUUUCAAUCCUCCAUCCACCGGUAGAUGAUCCACAGAGUGGUGAAUUGCCAUGCGAAAGGUGGAAUCCAACACAGAAUGUCAGGACAAUUUUACUGUCGGUGAUUUCACUGCUUAAUGAGCCAAACACAUUUUCACCUGCAAAUGUCGAUGCGUCCGUCAUGUAUAGGCGAUGGCGUGAUUCUCAGGGGAAAGACAAUGAGUACCCAAAUAUUAUCAGGCGACAAGCUCUAGCUGCGAAAGCUGAAGCUGAAAAGGAGGGCAUUGUAGUUCCUUUAACGUUAGAGGAUUACUGUAUUAAGCCGAAGUUUAAACCAACAAAUCCAGAACCUCAGCUGGAUAUGACGGAUUUCUACGAUGAUGACUACGACUUGGAGGACACGGAGGACGAUGAGCAGCAAUCGGGUGAAUCAGACUACGCCGAUGGGGACGACAGUGGCAAUGGGGAGUCGUAACACAAUUGGAUUAUUCACAGAGAUGAGAGACUUGAGGCGAUAAAACUCCGUCACAACGUCCACUUUUACUGACCUUUGGUCUUAUCCUGAAUCCCCCACUCUUAAGAGAAAUAUGGAAACAGCUUUUCUUCUCAGCUAAUGUAAGAAAGUAUAUAUAAUCCAGAACAAGUAAGAGAGAAAUAAAAUUGCUAACUUUUGCUAAAUUUUCCCCAUGAAAAAUUUCCCCCAAAAGCUCCUUUACAAAAAAAUUAAGAAAAAGAAAAGAAAUCAGAAAAUUAAAUUUGCUGAGAUGAGUUUUAGGUGAAAAAAAAAAACAAGGGAGUUACAUAAAAAAUAUACAUAUAUAAAGAGGUAAAUAAAAAUAACCAUGUGUGAAUAGUAGCUACAUAUAUAAUAUAUUUUAAAUAAGUAAUUUACAUUAAAAAUUUUAUUUUAUGGAGGUAAAAAAAAUUCAAAAAUACGCGAUAGAAUUUAGAAUAAGAGAAGAAAAAAAACAAGUUAGCUAAAAAAAAUGAAAUUAAAAGUCAAAAUCAAUUAAGGAAAAUAUUGUGGAAAGAAAUGGCAUUAUAUAGGUAUAUAUUUGUUCUGAAGAGAAUCCAAAAAAAAGAAGUCCUAACAAAAAAAAACAUUCUCACAUAAAGUAUAUUUAAAAAAAAAAGAAAGAAUAUAUUGAAAACAGAAAAAGUAACUAAGAAAAAUGAAAUAUAUAAAAAAAUAGAAUAUAAAAAAAGAGAAAAUAAUAAGAAUUAUGUGAAAACUUAUUAAGCUUAAAGGUAGAACCUCUGCACUGUGCAAAGAACAAUUCGAAUAUUUCCAAUUUUUUAUUAAAAUUAUUUUGUUUUUUUUUUUCUUUAAAAUUUUUAUGACUUCUGUUAGAUUUUUUUAAAACUAUCCUUUGUUUUUUCUUUCUUUUUUAAUUAAAUCUAAAUUUUCUUUUAAAAGCUUUUGGAACAAACUACAAAUAUAUGUAAUUUAGGUUUAAAUUAAGAGGUAAUAAAAAAUGUCAAUUUAUGUGGUAAAAAUUGGAUUUUUAUUUUCAAAUCCUGACCAAAAUUUGCAAGAUUAAGAAAGAUUUUAAAAAAUGAAUAAAUGAUAUUAGGACAGUCUAAUCGUGCCAAUUUAUUUAAUUAAAAAAGAGCUUUUUGUGGCUCUGAAAUGGAAUGUUUUUCAAAGCUAUUUAAUUCCCAGAAUUGUUUUAAAAGAAUUUUUUUUUACAUUUUAAACAUUGAAAUAAUAAUUGAAAAAUUUUCCUUAAAUUAGAAGCUUUGCCAUUUCUCUUUUCACGAACAAAUAGAAGAGAAUUUUUAACAAAAGAAAAAAAAACAUUUUGAAAAUUUCUUUAAAAAAAAGUUUAAAAAAAAAACCUUUGAAAAAAAAAAGUUUGGCAGGAUUUUUACGUAAAGCAGUAAUUUUGUAAAAUAAAGGAAAUAAUUAAUAGAAAAUAAAAAAAAAUAGUUCGAUUUAAUUUUUAGAUUUAAAAGAUGAAAAAUAUGAAGUAAUUGUGAGAAUGAUUUAAUUUGAAAAGAUUUAUUAAUUAAAUUAAAAAAAAAUAUUUGUGAUUUUAUUUUUGUAAUGUGGAAUCUUUUAAAGUAUAAUGCGUAAUUUCCUCUUUUUAUUUUUGUUAACAAAGUUUAGUAAAUGAAAUUUUUGUAGGUAGAAUAUUUUUCUUUUAAUCGUGUUCUCAAUGUAGAUGCAGUAUGUGAAAAUAUUAGGAAAAAAAAAACAAAAAAAAAGUUAUUUAAGAAGUAAAUUAAGGAGUAAGAAAAAAAUCCACAAAGAAAUGGAUAAAAGAACAUCAUUCGUGUGUCUCUUUAUUGAUAUAAAAGAAAACCCUAAACAUUGUAAUGCUUGCAAUUUUCCCAUCUUUUUUUUCUUUUAAAAUACAGAAAGAAAGAGAGAGAGGGAGACAGAGAGAGUAUAUAUACUAAAAAUAUAUAAUUAAUUAAUUUACUACCGACGUGAGCAAAGAACUUUAUGGAAAGCAGUAUGAUGUAAAUAAUUUUUUUAACAGAUAAGAUUAUAUGUGGUUUCGAAAGAAUAACAA